AUGUGCUUCCUGCCGAAAACCGGACCCAACCACGUGCUGGCCAUCCUGGGCCGAAUGCAUGACUGCCCUUGGUUGGCCAUCAACAUCUACACCGUCUCCAGAGGGCGCAUUCGCUUGAACAGCAUCAAGAAUCUUUACUUGGACCUUCUUGACGAAGCAGUGAAGAAGGAGGGAGCUGUGAUCUCGCACUUCGAGCUGUCGCAUUCCGGCAAGACCCUCAUCCUUGCAGGCAAUCGCUUGUUGAGGCUCUAUGCCGUCUCCUACGAUCAAAACAUCGAGCUGGACGAUCUGGACCCGGCGCAGGACUGCGAGGCCCACAUCCUGCACCGGGAUACGGGCAGCACCGUGACCUCGGUGUGCCCCCUGCCCAUGGAGCCGGGCUCUCGGGAAGGCUUCCUGGACUGGAUCUGGCUGGGCCUCAGCAGCGGGGAGAUGUUCGGCAUCCUCCUGGAGGAGGCGCACGGCUCCAUCUCCGUGGCGGCCUCCUCCGGACGCUUCCGCAGCAACAAGCAUAGCCCCAACGUGCCCAUCCAGGCCAUCGUGGCCAUUCGAGAGCCUCCAGCGUCCCAGCCGCGUAGCCUCCACCACGGCCUCACCAUGCGGAGGCCCGCGGUGAACCCCAACAUGGUCCUCUCCAUCGGCGCGGACGGCCGGCUGCUGCGCAGCGAGCGCAGCUCCCACCAGUGGGAGCCCGCGGCGGUGUGGAAUGUGGCCCUGUCUGCGGAGUCGCUGCGCUCUGGCUUCGCAGCCCGGUCUUCAGCAUUGGUUCCUCCAGUUCUUCUGCUGGCAGAAGGUCAGUCUCUGGUGGCCAUUGACCAGAGGCAGCCCUCCUCGAUCUUCCGCUGCUCUUUGGCCGCAGGAUCACGGGAAAAGCUGCUCUCCUUGGAUCUUCGCAAGAGCACCGUUGCAGAUGAGAGCCUUGUGGCUGAUCUCCGAGACCCCGCCAUCAUCGAGACGAUCCUUUUUCAAAAGUACGAUGUUAGAACCAUGAUCGUUGCAGUAAAGCCUCCGCUGGUGGGAGCCUCCUACCAGGGCUUUAUGGAGGUGAACUUGGCCGGUCUUUGUGAUUUGGUGAACCUGGCCGAGCUACACAAAGUUGGCAGCCUUGUAUAUGUGUCAUCUUUUGCGGCGUGUAAUCAUUGGCUUCCACACAAGAACACGGCUGAAAGCGAGAAGGACGCCAGCCCUCCGCUGACCUCACUCCGUUCCCCUUAUGACCUGUCCAAGGCCAUGACAGAGCAGUUUAUUUUGCAGAAGCACUCGAAGACUGGCAUGCGCACGGUGAGUGUGCGGAUCGGCGGUGUCUACGGUGAUGAUGAUGACCAGUACUGGAAUCGCCGCCUGCCGUUCAGGCUUUCUUUGGACAUCAGUGUCUCGGACGCAUAG